CUCUCGUCGCUUCUUCUUCUCCAAACCUCGCUUCACUUCUCUCUCGUCUUCGAUCCGGCCGAGAUCCAUGGCGACCCAGGACGAUGCCGAUCUACGCCUCACGAGGAUCGCGUCCUCCAUUCGCGUCAUCCCUGACUUCCCCAAGCCCGGUAUCAAGUUUCAGGACAUCACUACGCUGCUUCUUCAGCCCAAGGUUUUCAGGGACACCAUUGACUUGUUUGUGGCGAGGUACAAGGACAAAGGGAUCUCGGUUGUUGCUGGAGUUGAAGCAAGAGGGUUCAUAUUUGGCCCUCCCAUUGCUCUAGCCAUCGGAGCAAAGUUUGUUCCCAUGAGAAAGCCAAAUAAGUUGCCAGGUAAAGUCAUUUCAGAAGAAUAUUCUUUAGAAUAUGGCACAGACAGGAUGGAAAUGCAUGUAGGAGCUGUUGAGCCAGGAGAAAAAGCACUUGUUAUUGAUGAUCUCAUUGCUACUGGGGGGACUCUUUGUGCUGCGAUGAAUUUACUGGAAAAAGUUGGGGCUGCGGUGGUUGAAUGUGCCUGCGUCAUUGAACUGCCUGAGCUUAAUGGUCGGAAGAGAUUAGGAGACAAACCACUCUUUGUUCUUGUGAAAGCGGCUUGAUUCCCUCGACAAAUUAUAAAAGAGUAUCGUAUUGCUUAUUCGGUGUAAACUUAGAUCAACUUAUUAAUAAGAUGACGAAACCUGAGAAAGCUUGGUAAUAUGCUGUAUUAUUCCUUGCAAUUUUAUACGUGUGCCCGGGACACGACGUACACAUUUAAGGGUGGUAUAUGCCUGUUGUUUAAUGCUCUAUCUUCUCUAUACUAACUUAUCAGCUGAAUUUUUGGCUUGUAUUAUGUAUGGUUUCAUUAUGGAAACAUCAUACAUUCUGGUUAUCUUAAUUUAAUUUGUUUACAAUGA